AAAGGACAGACAAGAAAAUGACUUAGAUAUGAACCAAGGCCAGUUGCUGGAGCUUCAGCAAAGACUAUUGAAAGCUGAAAAGGAAAAUAAAAAAAGAUCACAAGAACUGAGCAGGGCCCUAAAUGAAUUUAAACUUCUAGUUGCAAGAAGAAUCAACAUGACAAAAAAUGACACAGUUGAUAUGAAGUGGAAAGAGUUAAAGCUCCCCGUGCACCUUACAAAUUUGUACUACUAUCUCCCUCACCUUCAAGAAUAUGAAGAUGCAAUUUCCCCAAAUGUUAUUUUUGGGCAACAGAGAACUGGAGUCUCCCUGGUGAUGGGUAUUCCCACAGUGAAAAGGGAAAAACAAAAUUACCUGAUUGAUACGUUGCAGUCCCUGAUACACCAACUAUCUGAAGAGCAAAAGAAGGACUGUAUAAUAAUCAUCUUUAUAGCAGAGGUGGAUGCAGACUAUGUUAAGAGUGUUGCAGAAAGUGUUAAAACCAGCUUCCCCAGAGAAGUCCAGUCUGGAGUCCUAGAGGUUAUUUCUCCUCCUGCUUCUUAUUACCCAGAUCUUUCCAACCUGAAGAAAACGUUUGGAGAUUCUGAGGACCGAGUAAGGUGGAGAACAAAACAGAAUUUGGAUUACAGCUUUUUAAUGCUAUAUGCUCAGCCUAAGGGAACAUUUUAUUUACAGCUGGAAGAUGAUAUUAUAGCCAAACCUGAUUUUAUUGAAAGUAUAAAAAACUUUGCUGCUCAACAGUCCCAAGAUUGGAUGGUUCUCGAGUUCUCACAACUUGGAUUUAUUGGAAAAAUGUUUAAAUCAGAAGACUUACCAUUCAUAGUGGAAUUUUUCCUCAUGUUCUAUAAGGAUAAGCCUAUAGACUGGCUUAUAGACCACCUGCUCUGGGUUAAAGUGUGCAAUCCAGAAAAGGAUGCAGCACACUGUGAAACGGAAAAGUCAAAGUUACGUAUCCGUGCUAAGCCAUCUCUCUUUCAGCAUAUGGGAAUUUAUUCAUCAUUGGCUGGGAAGAUACAGAAUUUAAAAGAUAAAGAUUUUGGAAAAAAUGUAUUACAUAAAGCACACAAUAAUCCACCUGCAAAAGUGGAUACAAGCCUAAGAAUAUACCAGGAAUAUACCUUGGAAAAAGUUUAUAAAGGACAAGAUUUUUUUUGGGCUUCAGCUCCAGUGGCUGGUGACUACAUCAGGUUCACAUUUUCAAAUCCACUAGAAGUUGAAAAGUACUUGUUCAGAAGUGGAAACAUGGAGCACCCUGGUGAUAAACUGUUUAACACUACUGUGGAAGUGCUGCCAGCUGCUGAAACACUAAGAAAAGAAUUGGUUUCUAAUGGAAGUAAAUUUAACUACCCAGCAACCAAAGACGGAUAUUUAAAAAUAGGGGCUUUUGAAAAUGGCAUUGCAGAAGGCAGCAUCAAUCAGUCAAUAGGAAGAAUAAAGGCUAUUCGUUUAUCAGUCAGUUCUGAUUCUCCAGUCUGGGCAAUACUGAGUGAGGUACUUAUCAAGACAUCUGAAAACUGAAAAAAAUACAUUUUUGAUGUGUCACUUUUUAUGUAUUGCUUGAAAACAAGGCUGGC